UUCAAGUGCCCUUUUGGUUGUUUGUGAGGAUUACCCGGUACCAAAACUUGUGUCAUCUUUUAAAGGGUCAUUCGUUAAUCAACCUCACAAAACUAAUCAAGACACAAGUUGUGUUCAAUUGGGGUACUAGUACUACAAUGGGCAACACUUUUGGUGCAAAGAAGACCACAAAGGUGAUGAAAAUUGAUGGUGAGACAUUCAAGUUGAAGACCCCAGUGAAGGUUGGUGAAGUGCUUAAGGAUCACCCUGGUCUUGUUUUGCUGGAUUCUGAGGCUGUUAAGCACUAUGGUAUGAGAGCAAAGCCUUUGGAAGCACACAAGGAGUUGCAGCCAAAGAGGCUUUAUUUUCUUGUGGAGCUUCCAAAGGAGACAAAGCCAAGAAGGGUUCGUUCUGGCAUUAACAUGAGUGCCAAAGAUCGCCUAGAGAACCUAGUACUCUCUAGGAGAUCUGCUUCUGAUCUUUCAAUCAUGAAGCAAAGCAACAUGGGUGGUGGAGAACAAGGGAAUAGUAAUAUUAAUAAGGAGAAUAAUAAUAAUAAUGGUGGGGUUAUGUUGAAAAUGAGGCUUCCAAAGGCUGAGGUGGAGAAGUUGAUCCAAGAUAGCAAAGAUGAGGCUGAGGCAGCUGAGAGGAUCAUGAAACUGUAUAUGGCCAAUGGUAGCAGAGAGAGAGAGAAUGGAACAAAGGAGAAUGAUGAAAAGAUGGUGUUGUUGGACCAACAAAUGCAUUGCAAAGGUGGCAGAGUUAAGGAGAGUACUAAGAAGAGGGUGAGCUUUAUGCCAAUCAAUGAAGGAGGGAUUCAUGUUGCUGUGGCUUCAUAACUACUUACAUCACAUUAACCAUGAAGCAGAAUAUCUCACCAACCUAAGGAGCUUUUGUUACACAUAGUUAAAUAAGAGUCAUGUUAUUUAUACAAUACUUAGAAUCUCAACUGGUUACAAUUUCAUAGGUGUUUGUAUAUUAGUUUCAUAGAACAGAAGAAUAUUUAGUAAAAACUAGUUGCUCUUUUUGAGAUGACACCUGCUGUGACUUGUAAUUAGUUGUAAAUCUAUGUAUUGUAUAAAUAGCAUAACUUAAAAGCAUGAUCUGUAAAUAUUUCGGGGUAUCUAUAACCUCCUAUAGAGAUUAUACAUUAUUAAUGGAUGACUUGAUUUUAACUUCUAACU